UUUCAGACACGAAACAUUUAUUACAUUGUGAAACCACAGACAUUGUCUCAAAUCUUCUUCUUUGUUUCGUUCCCACUAAAAGACAUGGGAUUUCUCCGAUUUGCGCUUUCCCUUCUUCUCCUCUCCCUCUCCGCCGCCGAAAUGACCGGAAACUUCAAAUGCGGCGGCGGCGGAGGACUCGCCAUGUGUCGCGCUCUCGUGGGGUUCGCGCAGCAGAACGCGACCACUCUCGGCGACCUCCAAACCCUCUUCUCCGUCAAGAAUCUCCGGUCGAUCUUGGCCGCCAACAACCUCCCUCUCUCCACCCCACGUGACCAGCCAUGGAGCGCGAAUCAGACGAUCCGAAUCCCCGUCCCAUGUUCCUGCUCCAACGGCACCGGAAUCUCGAACCGCGUCCCGACGUACACCGUCAAGGACGGCGACACCUUGUACGUGAUCUCGUCCGUCGUGUUCGGAGGGCUGGUUCGGUACGAGAGGAUCGGGGAAGUGAACAGGAUCAAGAACUACAACAUCAUCGAAAAGGGUCAGAGACUGUGGAUUCCAUUGCCAUGUAGCUGCGACAAAGUGGAUGGAGAGGAUGUUGUUCAUUAUGCCCACGUGGUGAAAUCUGGAAGCUCCGUCUCCGACAUCGCCGCACAGUUCGGUACGGACAACGCGACGCUGUUGAGGCUUAACGGAAUCUCCGGCGACAGCGAGCUUCUUGCUGAUUAUGCCUUCGAUGUCCCUCUCAAAGCCUGUAGCUCUUCUGUGAGGAACGAUUCACUGGACGCUCCGAUGCUUGUGGCGAAUGGCUCUUACGCCUUCACGGCCAACAACUGCGUCAAAUGCUCAUGUGACGCUUCAAACAACUGGACCUUAAGUUGCGAGCCCUCUCAGCUCAAGCCUGCGAACUGGCAGACUUGCCCUUCCAUGCAAUGCCAAGGGCCAGAGGGUUUGCUCAUCGGCGGCAACUCGUCCACCAGUUCUUGCGGGCCUCGUUCCUGCGUCUACGCCGGUUUCUCCAACCAAACCAUCUUCGCGACCCUCUCGCCAGAUUCUUGUCCAGCGUCUCCUUCGAGAAACUAUGCCUCAACGUUCAACUCGAACUGGAGUUUCUCGUUCCUGUCUGUUCUUCAGCUGGCGGUCCUCUGUCUUUAUCUUCUCUGGUAAUGUGACUUAUCGAUUCCUGUCGAAACCAAAACGUUGUCUCUCUGGAUGCAUUUUAAUGUAUUGAGAAUCAAUGUAUAUGCAACUGAAGCCGUUCUUUCUGCUUGGCAAUAAAAAAAAAUCACAAAUUUUCCCGAA